AUCCUCCAUCCCAUUUAUUGCUUUAUAAGCUUUUACCUCCGGAUAUGAGGUGCAUAGUAGUGUCGAGGGACAUUGCAGUAAUAAUGGCGAUAGUGUUAGUUUAUCUCAACGGCCUGUCAUGGGGAGGGUCAGCAUAAUUUACACCGAAUGCUGAGUAACCAUGGAGAGCUGAAAGUGUGUUAGUGCCAUGCGAUCGUUUACGGAUCUGUGCGCAUCAGUGGAACGCCUGCUCUCUGAUAACCAGGGCAGAGUCGGGAGGUAUUGAUCUGGGGCGACAUUAGUUUAAUGGAGGCCUGGAUGGAAGCAGGAGUUACUGCACAUGUGGAUGUGUGGAACAGGUAGAGAAGCCGUAUAUGUGCUCCACAGUUCCUCAGUAAACAGAGGGGCUGUUGUUCUUCAGCCUAACGCUUUCUCUCGAACUCCAAAUAUGACUAACUCUUUUAUUUUUAACAUCUCUGUGGAUUGGUACAACAUAACAGAGAGCAGACGCAUGGAUCUGUUCCUCAUCCCUACGGUUCUGCUGACCUCUGUCACACUGCUGGUCAACCCUGUUCUGUCCCUCUGCAUAAUGUUUUUUCCUACGCUACGUCAAGAAACCCGCUACCUGCUCCUUGCUAACAUGCUUUUCGCCGAUAUGCUCUUCCUCGUCAUAAAUCUCUCCAUGGUCUCCUGCAACUCCGUGGGCCUGCACAUGCCCCACUGGCUGUGUGAGUUUAUGAUGGUGAGCAUGGUGAUGACAUACAGCACCUCUGUGCUCACUAUCACACUGAUGGUCGUCGACACGUACGUGGCGGUACGUUGGCCGUUACGUUACAAAGAGAUUCUCCCGCCGUCUCGGGCCAGGAAGAUAAUCAUGAGCUUAUGGGUAAUGGCCGCAGUGUGUCCCAUCUCUUUGCUAGUGAUGUUUGAGGCGGUGAUGGGCAGUGACAAUCAGAGCCGUCCAGUCUGUUUGAUGUUGAUUGCGUUGCACUCAUUGGAAAAGAAGAAGGUUGGUGUUCAUUUGUACUUCAUCAUUGCCAUCAUCCUCUGCACUGUUCUCAUUGUGUACUGUUAUAUCCAUCUCUACAUCAUCACUAAAACGUCUGGGAUAUGGCGUAGUCGGUACUCCCGGGCGCGUAUGACGCUUCUGGCGCACACUCUGCUGCUCAUGAUGUACUUCGUACCCGCGUUGGUCUUUGCCGUGGAGCUGGCUCUUUUAAAAGAAGAAAGCGUAGAUGUCGUGGGAGUGUGGAUUAACUUGGUUAACAUGUGCAUGUUGAUGUUGCUGCCACGCUGUUGCACUCCUUACCUGUACCUCCUGCGCUAUCACGAGAUUUACGAGACCGUCCAGCAGGUGUUUUGGAAGAAGCGACACCACAGCCAGAGGAGUGCGGCCUAGAACUGGACUGAAGCAAGAGCAAGCCUGCAAAAUAACUCGUUGAAGGAAUUUAAAAGACUCCUGAGCCAGAAAGAGAUCUCAAAAGAAACUUUUUAUAUUUUAGUACUAGUUUUAGUUUAUUCUAUUAAAGCAUUUUAUCAUGAAUGAAUAUUAAGAAUCUUUUUUAUAUUUUCAUAUUUAAACUAAAGAUUGAGUGAUACAUGCUGUUUUUCAUCAGUACAACUGGGUGAAUCUCGCAAAGAAAUGUGACCCUGGACCACCAAACCAGUUGUAUGGGUAUAUUUAUAGCAAUAGCCGAAAAUACAUUGUAUAGGUCAAAAUGAUAUUAAGGGAUAUUAAGUAAAGAUCAUAUUCAAUGUAGAUAUUUUGUACAUUUCCUACCGUAAAUAUAUCAAAAAUUACUUUUUUAUUAGUAACUUCUGAUUGCACUGCUAAGAUCUUAAUUUGGAACAUUAUUUUCUCAAGUCGAUUUUUCCGAUUCCAGAUUUUAAAUUGGUUAUAUCUCAGAAAAAUACUGUCCUACCCUCCCUGACCAUAAUCAAUGCAAAGCUAUUUAUUCAGUUUUUCAAAAUAUUAUGACUGGUUUUGUGGUCCAUGGUCACAAAUGUCUUAAGUCACCAAGACUUAAUUACAAAUAAAAAUAUUAGUUCAUAAAUUGGGCUUAAUUUUAUUCUGCUAAAUAUAUUUCUUAAUAUAUUUAUUUUCUUUACUUUCUUUAAUUUUUGUGAGAUUUCCCCAGCUAUAUAUGUUGUUAUGCAUGCCCACAAUAUUGAUUAAAACUUUUAUUGUGCAAAGCAGUGGUCGAUGAUGGUGUUUAGCUCUCUUGGCAAGAUAAAUAAAUUUACAUUUCUGGAUUUUUA